GUGGGGAAAUGUUGGCCUCGGCGCUCCCGGGAGGCCGGGGUGACUUGCGUGGGCUUUAUGAGGAAGCGCUCAUAGUCUAGCUAAGCCAGGGGGUCUCCCAGGGCCCAAGGGCGGAAAGACCGGCUGGGCGGGCACCGGCCGCAGGCCUGGCGGCCUCACUAGGAACCCUAGGAGCCCGUUGGCGCAGGCGCCUGGGGGUGGCGUCGAGCUGUGAUAGGCGGGGCUUCCGCAACCAGGGUCCGAGACAGCCUGGGACAGCGUCGCUUUGGCGGGAACCGGCCACGCGUCCGGCAGCCUCCCGACGGCCCGUUUGCGCGUGCGCGGGGAGGGCGGGGUCGGCGCGCGGGGCGGAGCUUCGGGAAGGAGCUGCAGCGCCUCAGCCGCCAGCCGACUGGGCGAGCGGCUGGGCCUGUGCUCGAAGGGCGGGGUCUGGGGCGGAGCGCGGCGACCAUGCAGGCGGCAGACGCAGACGCUGGCGGUCCAGCGGGCGGCGCCGACAACAGCCUGGAGGGCCAGGGCCAGGGCGGCUGUGGCGGCCUUUGCAGCGCAGGCACGGAGGCCGCGGUCGCCGGCGCAGCUCCGCGUGUCCCGCGACCACAGCACGCCCCGGGGCCAGGCGGAGAUGCCCUCUCCACGACCGGAAGGCCGGAAACCCGAAUACACAUAUUCGCCCUCGGCGUGCCUUUCCCGUCCCACUUGGAGGCGGAGAUCGCCUGUGCGUCCUUGGCCCCAGAUCGUGAACCGCACGGAGGCAUCGUGGAGAAGCAGCUCACCGUAACUGACAGCGUCCUGGCCAUCCGCUGGAGAGCUGAAAACUCUCGCCUCCUCCGAAUUUCCAUCAUCAACUUUCUUGACCAGCUUUCCCUGGUGAUUCGGACCAUGCAGCGCUUCGGGCCCCCUGUUUCCCGCUAAGCCCGCGCUGGCGAAAGGGGGCUAAGGUCUAGCCUCGUGUCCCCCGUCUGGGCGGUCCGUCCUUCCUAGGGCAGUGAUUCCUGCGCUAGCUGCCACCUGAGGUUGGGCGCCUGCCUGGUCUUCUGAGGGCAAUGAGGGCCCGAGCCCUUGGGCACUCAUGGUCCCCUUGUUUUGUUUGCCAUUUAAAUGUUUGCUACUGCAGAAAAUAAAACUGAGCUUUGCUA